CACUCCGCUCUCCAAUCAGUGGCUUAUCCCGAUCGUUAAAACCAGAACUUCAAUUUUUACACUCCACGUACUGAGAAGAAAUUGCUUCGAAGUGUAGAAAUGGAGUGCCGGAGUUACUGCGGAGGAGCGGCAAUGGCGAUGGCGGUGUUGGUAUUGGUAGUGUACUCUUCGGUAAUGGUGGCGAGUGUUUCAGCCACUUCCAGAAUGACGGAGAUCACUGCCGACGACGAGUUACUGAGGCGGAAUCUGCUUGCAAAUGGCCUUGGAGUUACUCCUCCGAUGGGAUGGAAUAGCUGGAAUCACUUUGCGUGCAAUAUUAAUGAGAAAAUGAUUAAAGAAACCGCUGAUGCCUUGAUCUCCACUGGGCUCUCGAAGCUUGGAUAUAAAUAUGUCAAUAUAGAUGAUUGCUGGGCUGAGAUAGCUCGUGAUGAUAAGGGUAAUUUGGUUCCAAAGAAGUCAACGUUUCCAUCUGGCAUGAAGGCUCUUGCAGACUACGUUCACGCCAAGGGUCUUAAGCUUGGAAUCUAUUCAGAUGCUGGGUAUUUUACUUGCAGCAAAACCAUGCCCGGAUCACUUGGCCACGAGGAACAAGAUGCCAAAACUUUUGCUUCAUGGGGGAUUGACUAUUUGAAGUAUGAUAAUUGCAACAAUGGUAACAUUAAACCAACUGUUAGAUACCCGGUCAUGACCCGAGCGCUGAUGAAGGCCGGGCGCCCCAUCUUCUUUUCUCUUUGUGAAUGGGGAGACCUGCACCCUGCUUUGUGGGGUGAUAAGCUAGGAAACAGCUGGCGAACUACUAACGACAUCAACGAUUCGUGGGAGAGUAUGAUAUCUAGAGCGGACCUGAAUGAAGUAUACGCCGAUCUCGCGAGGCCCGGUGGCUGGAAUGAUCCUGAUAUGCUUGAGGUGGGAAAUGGAGGGAUGACUAAGGAUGAAUACAUUGUCCACUUUAGUCUUUGGGCCCUUUCCAAGGCUCCCCUUCUUCUUGGUUGUGAUUUGAGGAACCUAACAAAAGAAACAAAGGAGAUCAUAACUAACACAGAAGUGAUUGCAGUUAACCAAGAUCCCCUCGGCGUCCAGGCCAAGAAGGUCAGAAGUGAAGGUGACCUAGAGGUUUGGGCAGGGCCUCUCUCCAGCUACCGAGUAGCGGUGGUGUUGCUGAACCGAGGCCCGUGGCGCAGUGUGCUGACCGCCCAAUGGGACGACAUCGGAAUCCCUCCAAACAGUAUCGUUCAAGCAAGAGAUCUUUGGGAGCACAAUACCUUGAAGAAUGUUUUUGUGGGAAAUUUGUCAGCCACUGUGGAUUCUCAUGCCUGCAAAAUGUAUAUUUUGAAGCCAAUUUCAUAAGGCUAAAGACGUCAUUCCACAUUUGGACAUGGGUGACCCUUCAAGAAAUAAGGUUUUUAUCACUCCACAUUAAUUAGUUCCCAUGUGUUCUGAUUGCAACAUUUUUGUUCACUGCUUUCUUUUGAUGCUCUGCAACUUUGAGGAAAAAAUAAAUAAAACUUCACGGUAUCUUAAAUAAAGCGAGCACGGUAAUUGACAUACAUGUUGUACUAAAAAAAAUGUAAUUGAUUUUGUUAGACCGUUUUA